AUGAAAGGCGAGCAAGUCGCAGGAAUAAUAUCUGUUGUGCUAUGUGCUGGAGCAGUGCUUACGUCACUAAUCGUCACACCGUCGCUUUAUGAUCAGAUCAAUCAACUAAGUUAUGAAGUGUUCGAGGAGGUUAAUGCCUUCAAGGUUGAGUAUCCAUUCAUUCAUUUCAUCAGACGGUUCAGCUUAAAAUCUCGCUCAAGAAUUGCUAAUAAAAGAACCCUACGGCAACUCGAUAUAAUCGAGCUUUUGGUGUUGCUAAAACGUAGACAUGUUAGACGAUACAUUUGA